AACCAAUUGGGGUAUCCUGCACUUGGAAGUGGGAGUACGUUGUACCGGCUUUCAUGUGGUUCCCCAAAAAUUAGUUUAAUUUUUAGUUUAGAGUUGCAAUGGGGGUGGCCGGCCUAUUAGACUUUGUUCGUGAAACCCUUGUGCAUUCGUGAUUAUAGUGGUAAAGUAGCUGGUAUCGACACUUCAAUAUAUUUACAUAAAUACUGGUGGCGUUGUGGUAAUGUUGACAGAACUAUAAAGUUAUUCAUAAAUCAGAUCGAACUAUUCGCCAAAUACAAUGUCAAAUGUAUUUAUGUUUUGGACGGACGGAGACCUAUUGCGAAGGACACUACUCACGAUUUAAGAGUUGGUGAAAGUGAAAUAGUUGAGGACGAGGAGGAGGAUGGUGAAAGUGAAAGUCACGACAAAGAGGAACCUGAGGAAAGUAUGAGUGAAAGUGAAUCGGAGGAGGAAAUUGACAGUGACAAGGAGGACGAAGAAAAAAGUGGUCAAGUGCAGCCUUUCACAGCCAUUGUACCCAAAUUAAAGGAUUUGUUCAUCAAGAUGAAAGUUAAUUUCAUUGUGUCACCCUACGAAUCUGAUCCCCAACUCACUAACAUGUUUCGAUCUGGGAUGAUUGAUGUAGUCGUAUCAGAGGAUUCAGAUUUCAUUAUGCAUCAGUGCGAGACUCUCUACAAACUUGACUCGGAGGGGUACGGCCUUCUUUACCAAAAGUCAGAGUUUGUUAAGUUUCUGAAACUUAAAAAUCAAAAUAAGUUUGAGGAGGUCGUAAGGUGGACAUGUCUGGUCGCAGGGACCGAUUACUUCUCAUCACCGUAUGGCGUAGGAUUCGGAGCGGCGAAAAAAUUGAUUCCUCAUGUUAAAAUCCGUCAUUUUAAUGAAUUUAUCCAACUAGUCAUUGACAUGAUCCCUGAAGUGGCCGAGAUGCAGAGCUCAUGACUAUGGCUGAACGGACAUUGUUACACCAGCUAGUGUUUGACUGGACAGAGAGGAAACUUGUCCCUUUGACACCCACUGAUCUCGACCCUGCCUGUCUCACGUUUGCUGGUGAAUAUGUGUCAGAUGAGUUGGCCCUUCAAAUUGCUUUUGGGAACGUAGACCUUGACUCCAUGACUGUAGUGGGUACUUUCAACCCCUUCUCUGCAGACAUGGUAAAUAUCUAUGUCAUAACAGAGCAUGCAUCAUAAUUAUAUCCCUGUCGAAGUUAUACUUUCCCGAUGCACAAUCAGAUUCGGCCCGAAUGCGUCCCGCAUACGAUGUUUUCGGUUUAGAGGCGGCCGAAAUUAUCGCCUCAAUUACGACUACGGAUAGAUUUCUAAUUUCAGAUUCUAUGUAGUAACUCACAGUAGCGGGUGGGCCACCUUCGGUUUCAAAGCUAAAAAAAGAUUUCGUUUAACCGACAAAUUUAUGCUAUCGAGCAGAAUUCGGAUUUUCUCUCGCUAUCCGAAUUCUGCUGCCGACUACGGCCCGAAUGCGGGGCGAGCUCAGCUCAGCAGCGGGGUUUUUAAAAACUAUAUGCCAUGCCUUUCGCUAUUAGCACUUAGCACCGGUCGCUGAUUUCGCUACUCAACGUCCCAGAAAACAGUGAAUAGUUUAAAGAAUAAACCCGUUGCCGUGGUUUUCGUAGAAGAAGAUAAAACUUUGGUUUCGGAUGUGUCAGCAAACUGGUUAAGUGCCAAUAAGUGCCCAGUGUUCUUGGCCAUCAGGUCCAGGAAGUCAAAAGUAAUCAAAAAUAAACCAAUCAUGUUGUAUCCGAUAUGAGCUGGGAAAACACCAAAGCUCUCUUCUUAAAUUUUCAAGUAAGUUUCCAUUCUAGGUGGUAUUAUAAAAUGAUAUAAUUUGUCAGUAUAUUAGGAUGCAAUAUAAAUGUAAGUUUAUAUGUAUUCCGUUGCUACAUUAAAUAAAGUAAAUUGAUUUGUGAA